GAUCCGGGAGAGCGCGCGGGACACAACCGGGGUUAGAACCGCGGAGAGAACCCGGGUUGGAACCGGGGACAGAGCUGGGGACAGAGCCGGGGACAGAGCCGGGGACAGAGCCGGGGACAGAGCCGGGGACAGAGCCGGGGACAGGACUCGCGCUUCCGCUCGGUCCCGGUCACGAUGAAGCCGCCUCCUCGCGCUCGGAAGGCGCCGAACCGCAUCGGGCAGGUGUUGGAGGAGCGCGCGCGUGUGCGCGCGGGCGCGGGCAGAGCCGCGUGCCAGUGGCGGCGAGCGGAGCAGCUGGAGCUCCUGAAGGCCCUGAAGGGCCUCCACCGGACCGCCGAGCCCCACCGGGACCUGGACUGCUCCCUGCUGGAGGCCAGGCUCCCCGGCCGCCCGCCGGAAGAGGUCCGCAGUGCGCUGGAGCAGCUGAAGCAGCAGGUGAUCUCCAGCGCCGCCCGGUGGCUCCAGCAGGCUACGCGGGCUGAGCGGAGGUCCAGGAAGCCCAUCGAGAAGUGGACCCAGCUGGCGGCCGCCGUGACCGGGGGUCACGGAGAGGUCGCGACCUCCGCCCUCUCUCAGGUCCUGCUGGUGGCGUCCACAGAGCCCGGGACGCUGAGGCACUGCGUCCCCCCGGUAGACCCCUGGCCGGCCAGGCGGCCCCCCCCCACCGCCGCCGGAGCGCCGCCUGCAGGACCAGCCGCAGCGCGCCGUCCGCUGCAGACUCCAGGAGCCCCGGGAGCAGCGGUUCGAGUCCCGAGCACCCCGCCCGCCGCCAACGCCCCCCCAACCCUCGCCGCGGCGCCCGCCUCCUCCUCCGCCCCCCCCACCGCGGCACGGGCCUCCAGGACGGCCGGGCCCAAAGACGUGGUGGACUUCGAGAGGAUCUACUGCUUCCUGAGCAGAGUCCAGGAGCCCAGCUCAGCCCGGCAGCCCGGCCCCCCCUGGCAGCUCAGCCCCAUGGAGAGCGCCGUGGUGUUGGACCUCCUCAUGUCUCUCCCUGAAGAGCUGCAGCUGCUGGACUGCAACCAGCUGCACAGACACCUGUCCCAGGUGUGUCGGUGUUUAUCCGCUCCUCGUGACUCCGAGGCAGCGAGACAAGCCUUUGCAGAGCUGAGGGCGGGGCUCUGCCGCCAGGCCGCCGCCCCCCCGCACAGCGCCCAGCUACAGCCACCUGAGGCCGGCGGCCAGUCAGAGGGCGGGACGAAGGCCGGCGGCCAAUCAGAGGACGGGACGAAGGCUGGCGGCCAGUCAGAGGGCGGGACGAAGGCCGGCGGCCAGUCAGAGGGCGGGACGAAGGCCGGCGGCCAAUCAGAGGACGGGACGAAGGCUGGCGGCCAGUCAGAGGACGGGACGAAGGCCGGCGGCCAGUCAGAGGGCGGGACGAAGGCUGGCGGCCAGUCAGAGGGCGGGACGAAGGCCGGCGGCCAGUCAGAGGGCGGGACGAAGGCUGGCGGCCAGUCAGAGGACGGGACGAAGGCCGGCGGCCAGUCAGAGGGCGGGACGAAGGCCGGCGGCCAGUCAGAGGGCGGGACGAAGGCCGGCGGCCAAUCAGAGGACGGGACGAAGGCUGGCGGCCAGUCAGAGGAUGGGACGAAGGCCGGCGGCCAGUCAGAGGGCGGGACGAAGGCCGGCGGCCAGUCAGAGGGCGGGAUGGACGUCCUGCCCCUCAACCCGUUCAUGGUGCCUGUGAAGCUGCUGCGGCGCCGGUAGGAGGAGGUCGGCGGCGCUGGCUUCACGGCGGAUCGGAGUUAUGGUUGCUGCUCGUUGUGUAACGACUCACUGUAAAGUUCAGAAGUGAAACGCAGUGGGAGUCGUUGAUCCAGCGGACGCUGUUCUACUGCUCCAAAUGAAACCAUAAACCGAGGGCAGGACGUGUGACCUUCACUUCUUGUUUUGUUAGCGAUAGCUUUAAUUUAGCCAUUUUCUGGACUGAAGUUCUGAAUAAAAUCCAUUUAU